AUGUUCUUUACUUUCUUCUACUUUUAUUUUCUUGUUUGUUUCGGCAUUGUGGUAUUUACUGUUUCUCAUCUCUUCCCCAACAUAAGGAUCUCAUUUGUAAUCAACAAACACUUCUGUAAUGCUGAUCCUACUGAUGGUUUUACUUCUUUACCGUUAAGUGAAGCAAAUUUUGUAGUUCAGAAGCCAUACAAUAUGCCUUUGAAUGAUCGUUAUAGCUAUAUCAAUGGAGUACAUAAGAUGUGGGUGUAUUCUACUGAUAAGCCAUACAAAGCUGGAAGCCCGACUGAUCCCCGAACUGAGAUCCGUAUCAAAGGUUAUGAUUAUUCUAGUGGAGUUUGGCAAUUUGAGGGCUAUGUUUUUGUUCCAAAUGGAACUAGUGGUGCUUCUAUCAUGCAAAUUCAUAGAUCAAAUGGUGAGAAACCAGCUACAGAUCUAAUGCUAAUGGGUUUUGAUGGAGAACUGAGAUUUUAUUCGAAAAAACUAGUAGAAUCUGAUAUCUACGAUAGGUGGGUGAGAGUGAAUGUUAUCCAUGAUGUUGAAGCUAAUAUGUUGACAAUUUUCAUUAAUGGUGCUCAAAAGUUAGAGGAAAAUGGAAGGGGAGUGAGUGAUUUUUACUUCAAAUGUGGUGUUUAUGAACAACAUGAUGAAAGCCACUACAUGGAAUCAAGAUGGAGGGAUAUUAAAAUCUACAAGAAAAAUUGA